ACAUAAUUUGCAUAGUGCCUGGUUUAUUACAGCAAACAUAUACACAGUAUACAUGGUUAUUUAAGGUGAUUGUGCUUAUGUUUGUGGUUUGUGGUUUGAGUGAUCAGAUAUGUGAGUUAAACAGUUUUAUUGCGACCGGCAGGAAUGAUUUCCUGUGUCUCCUGGUAUUUAACUAAAUACGAAUUGGUCAAAGAAAAAUCUGUAUAAUUAUUUAAAAUUAGGCUACAUAAAAACAUAUAAUUAGCUUUCAUCAAAGUCUUUAUAUAAUUUUGUAAUGUAUACACAUAAGGAUAUACAAUAACAAUACGGGUAUAUGUUUUGUCAUGUAAAUUCCAGCGAGUAUUAUCAAGUACUUGUUUUCUAGCUUUUAGCUUUUAUUGUCCAAAAUUAAAUUAGGUCACCCUAUUACUCUUCCAUGGUGCUGCUUAUUGUUUAACUGAUUUACUAUUUCUGAAAGCUACGGUAAAAUCUGACAUCGGCAUGUGCAGCUCCUGCCUCAUUCAGUGGGCUUCGGCGUAGCAGUGGACUGAAUCUCAGAGUAUUUAAGAAAAAACUGCUCUGAGGUAGAAGGGCAGCCUUUUCCCAUGGCAGCCUGGCUGAGGGAAGCCGGCCGGGCAGGCUGACGUACGGCCCUCACUGGGCCAGUGUGGGAACUGGGCUGGCAGACCUGCAGCCUGCACUGGGCCUGCCUCUCAACCACAUUCACACGUGGCCCCAGCGAAAAAGAAAAACAGACCCUUCUCCGUCUAGGAGCCUGGCCUACGAAAGAAAACAUUGUCAUGUUAUUUUUUAAAGUGCAGUUUAGUGUAAGUGAGGACCAGAUGUUUAGUAGCACUGUGCUACGCAGUCGUGGGUUCGCAUAAAAUGGCUCGAUGAAAAACACUUGUGGGAUUUCAGGAAUCCCUGCAAUAUAAAUAUUCCACGUAACAGUGGAGAGGGCCUUCCAGUAAAUGACAGAAAGAGUACAGUCAUCUUCACUUUUUUGUCUGUCAGAUUGUGCACAUCACUCUAGGUACUUAAUCUGAAUAUAAUGCACGUUUUUAUCAUCAAUGUUCAGAAACAUGAUCUUUCUAACAUCAGAGGUGGGCAUGUAAAACUACACAGAAAGCCCUUACUGAUGUUGUUGCUUGGCUUUUACGUUAUUUUUGGUAAAUCUGGACCUUGCAACCAAAAAACUACAUAAAGUGGCCAAAAUGCGACUAAAUUAAUUUUGCAUGUAUGCUCAAUAUAAAUUACAUGUUUUAUUUUAUGCAAAAGUAAACAAUAAUUGUCCCUGAAAUAACAGUAUUCAUGUUUCAAAAAACACGUACAGUGUGCUUCCCAUCCUCAUCAGCCACGAAACAUCAGACAUUAACCAAGUUUCUUGAUGCUUUGACAAAGGUGUGUAAGGGCAUGCACACUAAAGAGAAAAAUAACUAAAAAAGACUAAAUGGAUUAAUUGUUUAUGCAUCUAAAACUGGUUUUAUUUAACUUGAGGCCAAUGCUGAAGUACUGAAUAGAAUUUUUGAAUUUUGUUGAAGUAUUCCUUUUUUUUCAGUGUAUUACAUGGAAUUAUUUAUGCUUUUAUUUAUCCAUUAUUUAGUUGAGAAUGACUGAAAAAUCACAUUUGUGUAGAGUGGCUGCUCCAGCAGUACUGAAGAGUGCAUUAAUACUGCAUGUGUCAGAAAGCAGAUACAACCAUAAGAUGGUCCUUACAAGGCUGUCCGCUGGGAGCCAUAAAAGUCCUAAAGUGUCACUCCAUGAAGCCUCUGGAAGGGGCUCAAAAUCAAACUAGUACGUUUGACCUUUUAUUUGAUAAUAAUUAGAAUAUAGAACUUUACUAUUGUCAGAGGUCUAAAAUAUAGUAUAGCUGCAUAAUCCAACCAGUACAUAAACACAGGUAAACCUGAAAACCAAAUGUCUUCAGUUUUAAUAGUUAUUUUUUAAUAAUAAAUCCUUAAGUUGCAUGAUUUUUGAGGCGGCACAGUGGUGUAGGGGGUAGUUUGUUGCCCCAGGGUUCAACACUGCACCAAUUCUAUGUGUGGAGUUUGCAUGAUGUCAUUGUGGAAUUCUUUCUAUUUCCCCUCACAGUUCAAACAUAUGCUAAAGUGAACUGGAGUUGCCUCUGUCUAUUUCCUAGUUUCUUAUCAAUAUAAACCUUUCCCUUGAGUUGGGUGUUAGAAUUCUAUGCGAUGAUCACAAUUGCUACAGCAUAAGCACUGGGAGCCAAUGAGAAUUUCCUUGAAAACCAUUUUCCAGCUCCAGCUAAAAUCUGUACCUUAUUGCAGAUUUCAAAUGCACCACACUGUCCUAGAAAGUCCCUUUAUAUAAAGUAAUAAAUAUUUAUAUAUUUUAACUUUAUAUAAAGUUAAUAAAUAAACAACAAUAAAAUGAAAACAGGAACAGCCAGUUGUGUGAUGGUUAAGGACGCUUAUUUCACUGGAAGGGACCUGUUGUAGGAAAAUUUUCAUGUUAAAAUAAUAUUUGUUUUCACCACUUAUCCUGUACAAGGACGUGGAGGUCGGGAGCCUGUCCAGGAAACAAGGGGUGUCAGGUGAGGAAUAACCUAGGGUGGGGGUGCUCGCCUAUCACUACACACACAGACCCUGCCUGCACACAUUUACACCUAUGGGCAAUUUGGUAACUACCAUAGCGAUGACAGGCAACACAGGGCGUGAGGCGGAGAAACACUCCGCACAGCCUGUCCCAGGCAGCACAGGGCGCGAGGCGGAGGAACACUCCGCACAGCCUGUCCCAGGCAGCAUAGGAUUGCAGAAGUAGACCGGAGUACCAGAAAGACUAGUAAAUUCUAUUACUAGUUCUCCAAAACCAACCUGUUGUUUUGUCAUCUCAUCUUACCCCAUAUCAGUCAGAGUAAGCCGAUGACGUAGGCAAGCCUGGGGAGAACAUGGUCUCAUGAGCCUUGGAGCUCUGCUUUCUGUCUCAGUCCUGUUCACAAGGGCACAGGUCAAGGUGCCCUGGGACCGUUCUAUCAGGAAAGACUGGCUGGGUGAGUAGAGAGAGAGAGAGAGGUGCCCAUUUUGGUUGUCAUCUCCAUGGAAGCGCCAAGAGCAAGCGGUGGCCCUUGGGUCAGUGGUGAGCUAAGGAAAAACAGUAUAUAAAGGCUGGACUGGAACUGAUUCCAGCAGAGUUUCAGAUAAAGCAGUUUCCUCCAAAUUACACUGUUAGUCUGCACGUCCUCUAUGGCACCGACGAUGCGCUGUUGGCUUGUUAUCCUGCUUCCGCUGAUGGUCACCACCAGCCAGGCUUUGAGAAGGAUCACUUUACGGAAAAUGCCCUCCAUCAGACAGACUCUUCACGAGAUGGGGGUGUCCCCCGCUCAAGUGUUCCCGGAGCUCUCCCAGAAACUGGGAAGGAGUGUCUCCCCCAGCAACGGGACAGCACCGACGCCUCUCACCAACUACCUGGAUACACAAUACUUUGGAGAGAUCAGCAUUGGUUCACCAGCCCAAAUGUUCAACGUGGUGUUUGAUACAGGUUCUGCCAAUUUAUGGGUGCCGUCCUAUGAAUGCUCGCCAUUGUACACUGCCUGCUUCACCCACAACAGGUACGAUUCUUCAAAGUCAGAGACGCACAUCAAGAAUGGCACCGGCUUCUCCAUUCAGUACGCUUCUGGGAACGUCAGGGGUUUCCUAAGCCAGGACGUAGUGGUGGUGGGAGGGGUCCCUGUGGUGCAGGUGUUUGCAGAAGCCACCGCCUUACCCGCAAUACCAUUUAUCUUUGCCAAAUUUGAUGGGGUACUGGGAAUGGGCUACCCCAACGUGGCUAUCGAUGGCAUCACCCCCGUAUUCGACCGCAUCAUGUCCCAGCACAUCCUAAAGAAGGAAGUGUUCUCCGUGUAUUACAGUCGAGACCCGGAACACAUUCCUGGCGGAGAGAUUGUCCUUGGAGGGACGGACCCUUCCUACUACACCGGGAGCUUCAACUACAUGAGCACCACUGAGACGGGAAAGUGGGAGGUCAGGGUUAAAGGAGUGUCAGUGGGGGCGGAGGUGCUCUUUUGUAAGGAGGGCUGUACGGCCGUAAUCGACACAGGAAGCUCCUACGUCACAGGUCCCGCCUCCUCCGUGUCAAUCAUGAUGAAGGCCAUUGGCGCCGUGGAGUCAGCUGAGGGCGGGUACACUGUAAACUGUGACCUGGUGAAAUCCUUACCCAGCAUCGCUUUUCAUAUGGGUGGUCAGGAAUACGGUCUGACAGCAGAAGACUACAUUCUCUGGCAGUCACAGUUUGGAAAGGACAUCUGCACCGUCACUUUUCGGGACCUGGAUGUGCCCCCACCAACUGGCCCUGUCUGGAUCCUAGGAGCCAGCUUCAUAUCCCGCUACUACACCGAGUUUGAUCGGCAAAACAACAGGAUAGGGUUUGCCAGGGCUGUGUGACGCCAUCCCUCGUGCUUCAGUCGAGCAGAGCCCGCCUCUGUCUCCAGCCAGCCAAUCGCAUUCUCCUAUUUAGCUUUUCCUCUCCACACAGCAGCCGUGAGCCAAUUAAAGUGCUGAUAUGUCACCUCGCAUCAGUUGUUGUCCUGAUUACGCAUCUUGUAGAAAGACAUUGGGGAGUCACAUUGCUAAAAUAAAUAUUAUUGUUCAUAGUCACCAUAUUUAACUAUUUUUUAACCAGACUUUUCUCAUUUUUAUAAUUUUGUAUUUGUUCCAGACCAUUCUGCCUAAGUUGACUCUGCAUCUGAAUCUAUUUAUUUAGUUUGCUAAUUGAAUAAAUGAUAUGGAGAGACCAUAUGGAGAACUGUACAGAAAUACCCAUUAAAUUCUUCAAAUUCAAUAAUGGUUUUUAAGUAUCUGUAUUGUCUACCACAGAUGUAUUAUAUUGCAUAAAAAAUUACAGAAAAGUGGAUUAAAAGUAAUUUGUUAUGAGGUCACUGUAAUAGCACAACACCUGUUUUUCUAUGAAGUAGAUAAACCAUUAACAGAAUUGGCCUGAUUUAACCAAUAAGCGUCCAGCAUUGCAUCUAAAGACCACCCUCCAGACAGCCAAUAGGACAUCGGUCCAGUUGGAAGGCGGGGUCAUGUUCAGCUCAAAACACAUGCCUGUUGCUGUACGACGAAAGCGGCCAUAAAGUAAAAGCUAUAUUUGUAAAUCAGUUUUCUUUCACUCUUUGUACCUGAAGCCAAAAAGAAGGCGGUUCUGCUUUUGUGACCUAAAGGAGCACGAGGUCAUUGCUGAAGUCCUGGCUGUGAGGUCAUUGCUGAAGUCCUGGCUAUGAGGUCAUUGCUGAAGUCCUGGCUGUGAGGUCAUUACUGAAGUCCUGGCUGUGAGGUCAUUGCUGAAGUCCUGGCUAUGAGGUCAUUGCUGAAGUCCUGGCUGUGCCGCAGUCAGUAAGGCCAAAAAGACUGGGACUUCCUGAAUUUGCUCAGAAAUUUCCACCUGUGUUCCAAGGGUUAAGUAGCGAUUUCCUGCGAUUCCAUUCUUAGGCUCCCAGCUUUAUGGGGACGACUCCGGUCAAUAUCAUAAGAUUAAAAGGAAGGAGGUUAAACUUCUGUCUUUGUUUCCACCAUGGCAGCUUCUUCCGGCAAAAUAUUAAUCUGGAAUAUAAAGGCAGUAUAAAUUUACCAGGUUUCCAGGUCUACACCUUUUCCACUCGAGAUACUCUUAGAAGCGAAGCCCUCAAAGACGCUCAUAUGGAGAAGAAAGCUGCUCUUCACCUGUUCUCCAAGCAGAUUGGUUUUCUGGAAUCACUUUGCCAUCUUUCCAGACAGACUCAAACUGAUUUAAAAGUACAACAGGUGUCCUUCCGGCCUAUCGUUACAGAGGUUUGUUUUGUAAAUAGGGU